AUUUUUGGAGCGCAGGCGUGCAGUAUGAGAAAUACUACAUUGCGUGCUAGAAAACAACAAAAACAACAAAUGAAAACAAAACAAGUGACGCCAAGCGUCGGGGGCGUUGUUGUUGUAGCGUCUGCUGGUCUGCUGCACUGCACUGCAGUGGUGCAUCGCGUCGGCUUCCUCAUUUGCUUUCAAUUGCGGCAAUUGGUGGAGGCGAGGGUGGCGCAAUGCGUCCGCGGUCGCCCCUUUUUCGGGCGUAGCGGUAUUGCUUCGCUCGCUGCGAGGGAGUUGUGCCUGGGAAGAGGAGCGUCUAACCAUACCCAGUGUUGUUGUGCAGCCCUGCAGCCCAAGCCUAGACCGUAGACAAAGGCCCAAGGAAAAAUGACUCAGCCCACGAACACCAUCAGCCUGCCCCCGGACCCGUCGGAGAGCUGGUGGCCUUACAUCAUAGCCACCAUCGUGGCCAUCAUUUCCAUGCUCAGGUCCUAUAUGGGAGGUAGAAGUUACAAGAGUUCAAAGAACCUUACAGGAAAGCUGGUCAUUAUUACGGGUGCAAAUACUGGCAUUGGGUUUGAAGUGGCCCGUGACAUGGCUGAAAGAGGUGCUCGAGUUGUAUUGGCCUGUAGAAAUCGUAUAGCAGCUCAGACAGCAUCAUCUCGAAUAACUAGAAUGGUUCCAAAUGCUAUUCUUGACAUCCGUGAUUUGGAUUUAUCAUCUUUACAGUCUGUUGUUGAUUUUGUACAAAAGCUUCCAUACAACAAUGUCAACUACCUUAUUUUAAAUGCUGGUGUGGUGUUUCACCCUUUUCAAUUAACAGAAGAUGAGUUUGAGACACAUUUUCAAGUUAAUUAUUUAGGCCAUUUCCUGCUGACCAGGCUGCUGAUGUCUAAAAUGUGUACCACUCCAGGGUCACGGGUUAUUUCCAUGACAUCCCAAUCACACUUUGCUGCAGACAUAUGUCUGCAUGAUUUGAAUCUCCAGAUUAACUACUCACCAAGGAAGGCAUAUGGGCAGAGUAAACUUGCUCUAUUGCUCAUGACUCAAUAUCUGGGAAUGAUGUUGCAAGGAACAAAUGUCAACUUUAUGGCUGUCAACCCAGGAUUAGUGAGAGGAACAAAACAUGUUUCGAGUUCACCAGUUCUCAGUGAAUCUUUUCUUCUCCGGAUGGCCAUGCACCCUUUAAUGUGGCUUUUCAUGAAAUCACCAAAACAAGGAAGUCAGUCUGUGAUUUAUGCAGCUCUAGACCCAGAAUUAGAUGACAUCCGUGGUGCUUAUAUUUGUGAUUGUGAAAUUGCCGAGCCUUCGCCAUUGGCUAGUGACAAGAAGCUUGCUGCUGACCUCUUUGAGAGGUCUCUCAGCCUUGUAGCCGCAAAAGCAAUAGCUGCAGGAGUUUCUCAGAUUUGGAAAACCGAUAAAUCUGAUGCAGAGAACUAAAGAGAUGUGUCUUUUCAUUCCAUAAAUUUUGCAUGAGAACAUGUCACCUGCAUAACUCUGCUAGAAUUGUUGAGAUGAUGCACAACUAGAACUUCAUCAUGAUUCAAUCUAAUAUUUGUCUUUGACAUUGGUCAAAUUUAUUAAAAAUGUUUGGAACUGCCAAGCAAACUUCAAGUACUUGAUGUUUUCCAGUUGAUCAUCACCUCAAGUUUAUAAGAUUCAUAAAAUGUAAAAUAGUUUUUCUAUUAGUUGUGUGUGUUCCGAGUGCUUUUUCUAAACCAGGAAUUUUAAUUAGGUAACUAGAACAAAAAAGUCAAAAUUUUGCCAAAGAACACUGACAAUUUAUGUGACAAAUGUUUAAUCUCAACACCAAAGAGUUUUUGUUUGUUUUCAACAUUUUGUAUUUUGCUUCCCUACAUUCCUUUUUCUAUUAUUUAUGAAUUUAUGGCCAGGGAUCCUUAACUUACCUCAAAAGGGCAUCAUAAUGUUAUCGUACGAGUUAAAGUUGUAACCCUUAAUUAACUUCCGAAUUCUUUUCAAAGGGAUAAGUUUUUUUUUCUUGUGUCUCGAAUUUUUGUGGAGAUACUUUUGGAAGUAUGCACAGUACUUGCAAAAGUCCUUAUGAAAGCAGUGUUAGUUAGGGGCUGUUCAUAAAAUACGUCACGCGUUUUUGGGUCAUUUUUGACCCCCCACCCCUCCCUCAUCACAACUUCGUCACAUUCGGCUGACCCUCCCUCCCCCCCACCCACUUGUGACGUAUUUUUUGGGCAUGAGCGAGAAAUCACGCAAAAUGCAUGAGUUUAUUUCAUUUUCUCUUAGUCUUUACACAAUAGAGUAAAAUAAACGCUUCCGUAAGUUAAAAACAGUUAAUUAACUUCGCGGGAGGGCGUUUUCAUUGCUUACCCACCCGAAAAUGUCGUAUCAAACCUGUAUUUUCAAAAAUACGUCACAAGACCCAACACCCCUACCCCCCUCAGCGUCACAACUCAUCACACCUCGCCGAUACCCCCACCCCCCCUAAAACGCGUGACGUAUUUUAUGAACAGCCCCUUAAAUGUUAAGUAAAGUUAAGGAUCCCUGUUUAUGGCUAUAAGAUUUACAUCUUCUGCAGGAUCUAGUCCAGCUGUAUUAAGUACAAAUUUUUCAUUCCAUUCAUGCAAGUACUAAGUUUGUAAUGACAAUUUUGUCAAAAGUUCACUUUUUAUCAUUUUUACUAUAGGUUUAUCAUUUAUUUUUUAAUGAAUUUUACUCAAGGCAUGUGCCAUAUUUAGGUUACAUUUUGAUUGAAAUUAAUAAAUGCUGCUGUUUUUUAAAAAUAGAAAAAGCAUGUGUGUAUUUAUGUAUUGUGUGUUCAGGUGUGUUCAUGCUCAUGUUGCCUUGGGUGGUGUAGCGUAGCUGGCUCGACAAAGAUCUUGUAGCUUCUUGUGUUAUGUGUCCACUGAGCUACGUCACCAACGCGCCAUGAGCGUGAUAGCACCUUUAGUGUAACUUUCUUAUUGUGUGUUUUUGUGUGUCUUAUUGUUUAUUUGUUGUGGUAUAGAUUGGCUACCCUUCUUUCCCUAUAAGUCAUCAUUGAAGGGAGUACUUCUCAUUAUAAGACAAUGCCAAACUAGCGUUCUAGUCAAUGCUCCAAAUGCCAAUGCUUCCCAAAAGUAUGGGAAUAAUGUAAGUUAAAUUGUCUAUAAAUGUGUUAAAUUAUUCCUGUGAUGUGAAUUUUGCCUCAUGUGGUCUAAUCCCUCCAGUGUGUGACUCGAUAUAUUUAUUGUCCAUUCAUCCUGACUCAAUGAAGCCUAGGAGUCAUUAAUCAAUAAAGGUUCCAGUCUCAUGAAAGUGAGUUCAAGGAAUGUAGAACAUCUGC